GUGUACGGACGAGCAGGUGCGGACGAAAGAUUACCAACCCACAACACCUGCUCAGUAUAAAUAGGCAAGACCGCACUUCCCAGCCUCCCAUUGUACAUCCUGCGCAGCCCUGAACACACUUAAGAUUGUGGAAAAUAAACACAAAUUUCCACGAAAUUUUAAAUUUUUUUCGUCGAAAUUUUGCAAAUUAAAUUUUCAAAUGGAGAACCCAGCAGCCCAAGGCAGGAAGCAUUACGAGAUGUCGUUCUACGAAAUCUUGGCGACAUCCGUGGCGCGAAUGGGACCCACACCGAAUCAUAUGGCUAUCAUAAUGGAUGGAAAUCGUCGUUUUGCAAGGGCGAAAGGGUUGAAAGUUAUGCAUGGUCAUGAGGCAGGGUCGACCAUUUUGGAUGGGGUGGAGGAAUGGAGGAAAGCCAUCGGAUGUAAGGAGCUCACCAUUUAUGUCUUUUCAUCCGAAAAUUUUAAGCGAACCAAGGAUGAAGUGGAUAACUUGAUGGAACUCAUAUUUCGACGGUCAGAAGACACGAUGAAUGAUGUAAAAUCUGGAAAAAAUACCGACAUGUGCGUCCAAUUUAUCGGAAACUGGGAGCGCAGCCCGGAAAAGUUAAAAAAUCGCAUAGCCAACGUGAUGGAGAUAACCAAGGACUUUAAGCCGUACAAGCUAAAUGUCGCCCUCGCUUUUACAGGUCGGGAAGGGAUUCUACGAAGUUUGCAAGCCUUCACAGGAUGGAAGGAUGAGACGCCGACAAAAACUUCGGAAAGUGAAGAAAACUCGCUCGGCUGGAACGAGUAUUUGAUCGAGCAGGCCCAACAUUCGGCUCAUAUGCGUCCCAUCGACAUCCUAAUCCGGUCAGGGGGCGAUCAGAGAUAUUCUGACUUUAUGAUGUGGGAAGCGAGCCAGGCCUACAUUCACUUUACAUCAGAAACAUGGCCGGAAUUUAAUUUCAACCAAUUCAUGGACGCAAUCUGGAAAUAUCAAGUGUUCCGAAGGCAAUUAAUCCACAAACCGAUUUCGGCCAAGGCAUCCCUGUCACCCGAGGAGGCUAGAAAAUCUGAAGAAAUCCUCGACAAAUCUCGCAUAAAGAUGUGGACGAGGAUUGGACGGAUGGCCAAGAAGGAUGUCCCUCCGGAGGGAACGUGCAUUCCGUACGUCGUGAACAAUCAAUGGCUGGAUGCUUUUCAGAAAGUUUUAAAAUUUUAAGUAACGACCAGGGUUCGGAAAGCCCCGGGUUUUACUCAAUGCUUUGGGUGAAAUAAUACAACUUACAAUGUUACACCAAUUUGUUAAAUUAAUGUAUUUUAUCGAGAUUUACAAUAAAAUUUCCAUGUAAAAUGCCAGGAACACCCAGAAAAGCACUAAUAUGAUCAAACUACGAGUUGACCUUCAAAUUGUGAUUUUUAGGCCAUAUUGAUAAAUUCGAAAUAAAUAUAGAAAUUUACGGAAUAUUAAUCAGAGUAAUUCAAGUUAAAUCAGUACCUGAAGAUUGAUUCUAUUGAUUUAUCUAUUUGGAUUUUAGAUAAAACUAGUGAAACCCGAGUAAAACCCAGUAAAACCCCUUUAACAUAGUAAAAACUGUUGGGUUCUAUUAAUUUACGACCCAAUAAAACCUAGUAAAACCCUA